UAUGGUUCUGUCAUAAACAGAAAAAAAAUGUGUUUGAUUAAAUAACUAUCUUGAAUAUUAUGAAAGAUCAAAGUGUUACAUUGAUUUUAGCAGCACAACUUUUCAAUACACAUUUCACAUCACUUUCAUGUAUCAGGCCGUUGACAUCUCAAGAGCUUGUGAUUGCAGACAAUUUCAAAACACAAUGCAACAUGUAGGCAGAGAACCAACAACAAUGCAUGUGUAUAUAUUGUUUUAUUGCAUUAUUACAUAACUAAAAUUUCUAAAUUAGACCCAGGGCAUUGGAUGGUUUCUGAAUAUCUACAUACCUUCCAUUGCAGCAGUUGUUGCCAUGCACAUCGAGUAAAUCUCAUUAUUAACUUUUGUCAAGUACUAAUUAACCUUCGUGUUCAUUUCAAGUUAACGUUUCAAGUCAACCAUUCAUUUCAUUUGAAGUCAACCAUUUCAGUGGGAAAUCCAACAUGGAAGGAAAUAUCUUUAACAUGUUUUCACUUUACAUGCCUGGUCUGUUUAGCUGGGAGCAAAACAUAAAGAUUACUCAGUGAAUAUACCCCGGUUAUAAAAGGAAGAGUGGAAGGAAGAGCCAUGUGUUUCUCUGAGAAUGUAGGCUGUGACUUCUAGAAAGCAAAGUGUAGGAGGAGAGGUACUUUCUUUCCCCUGUCAAUCCCAGAGACACCAGUCGGACAUCUUUGAGCUCAAGUAUAUAUACAAGGGAAGACAGCACUUUGUUCCAAGUGUGUUAACCUGGCCUGUGACUUUGAACUAAUAUCAAUUUAAAAAAAUUCUCAGAGGAAAAACAUUUUAGCCUUCACACUCCAAAUCAUGUUUUGACUUGAUUUACACUCCAAGGUAAGAUUUAACUGUUCUAUUGACUUCCAAGGAAAGGAGCACGAUCUAUAGGAGAUCUCCGUAUGAUUGUUUUACCACUUGAUACGGUGUUUUGUUCUGCGUGGCUCAUGUUACAAAUCUACGAGUCCUGGAGGAAAUACAAAGAAAGGUAAGUUUAUGUUUGUUGUUAAUAAAUAUUCUUUGCAACAAAUGCCAAGUUUUAGUGCAGGGUCUGUCAAUCAGUGAGCAGGAUAAAAGGUACGAAAUCCAUAAUCAGGAAAAUGGCAAAUGGCUUAAACACAUAAUAUUUCUAGCUAUUAUUAUUAUUAUUAUUAUUAUUAUUAUUAUUAUUAUUAUUAUUAUUAUUAUUAUUAUUAUUUAAAAGGUAACAUAAACUUAUGUUCAUCCUUAUUUACCUGUAUGAUCUAUCUGUGUAGAUCGCUCAGGAGAUGGAGGUGAUGAACCCUAAUCCUUUAUAACCUGAGCUCCCAGAAAUAUUCUUGCUCAUGUUUCGUAAGAAAAUAUCGUAUCUUAGAAGAGCUACAUUCAGGAAACAGAUUUAUGGAAUUCAGAACUAAAAAAAAAAUAAAAAUUAAAAAACGAAACAACGCAGACUUAAUGUGUUUAUAUGGGUAACUGUUUAAUUGUUUGUUUUAAUGGGAAUUGGGUUGGGGUUGUUUUUGAUGGUUAGUUUGUUGGUUGUUUUUUUUUAACUCAUACCAUUAUUUUACUGCUGUUUGAAUUCUUUGAUAUCACAUUAAUUUUAACCAAAUAAUAUCAUUUCUGGACAUAUUUGUACUUCUUAUAAAACCUUUAUAUCCUCACAUUAUUUACAUGGUUCUAAGAGGUUUUAUUCUCUUGUUGGUAAAAUUGUGUGUUGAAUUUAUUAUUGUUGUUUACUUGAGUUAUUGGAAGAGAAAUACAGCGGAUGUUAAUACAGAUUGCCAUUCUACAGUAAUGUUUAUGUCCAAAAUAAAGCAAGUACUGACCAGUAUAUUUCUCGUCUCAUCUUUUAUUUGUUUUGUUUUUUUUUGAGUUUUUUUUUGUUUUUAAACUAUUUUUUUCCCAGUAAACAAUAAAUCUAGUCCUACAGCAUACUGUACCUGCUAAUGCUGCUGCUACUUCCUUGAUUGGCUGUGAAAUGCAUUUUACUCUUAAUGAAAGUACCUUUGCUUCCUGAAUAAAUAACAUAUAUAUAUAAAAUAUAGAUUAAAAUAUAAAAUCUGCAUGCAAUUGAAUAAAAAUGCCUUUCAGUGUGUAAUCUAAUGUUAUUUAUUCAUUUGAAUUAUACUGUGUCAGUGAAGUAACAGUUUUUUUUUUAUAUGGGUCUGAUCAUUUUACUUGUAGAACAAGUUGAGCCUCAUUGCAUAAGUUUAGAAAAAGACAAAGGACUUUUAAAUAGAAUUGUACAUGAGUUAAAGUAAGUGGUGUAAAAUACGUUGAGCUAGAUGUAUUUGACAGCAUUUAUCGUGUACGUUUUUGCUGUUGGACUUGGAGGUCUCCAUGUCCACGGUCCCUCGGGUCCGGUUGUGGCCCAGCUGGGAGGUUCGGUUCUCCUGCCAUGCUUUGUUGAAAGCCCACUGCCUCUGGAAGGUCUGCAGGUGGAAUGGAGAAAGAAGGAUUCCGAUUCUCUAGUCGGUCUCUUCCAACAAGGAAAAAGUCACCCAGAUCUCCAGAGUCAGGGGUUUAGAGGCAGAGUGGACUUUUUUCCACAUGAGAUCACAAAAGGAAACUUCUCCAUCUUACUUAAAAAUGUGGUUGAAGAAGACGCUGGAGGUUACAGAUGUAAAGUAAAUACAGCCCAAGACUCCAGUGAGGUCAUAAUGGAAGUUAGUAAUAUCAGGGGUCUUGUGGUGACUGAGGCAGACCAAAUCAUCUUUGCCUCUAAGGGUGAGGAUGUCGUACUGAACUGUUCUGUAGAUUCACGUGUACCAGCCAGCGAGAUCGAAGAAGUGACCUGGAAGAAGACAGACAGAGACCCAGAGAUCCUCGUCCUAUUAUAUCAAGACAGUGAGAUUUUCCCAGACUCCUCACAUGAGAGUUAUCAGGGGAGAGUUGAUUUCUUUUCUUCUGAAAUCCCGAAAGGAAACUUCUCUUUAAAACUGAUGGAUGUAAAGAUGGAAGAUAAAGGAGAAUUCACAUGUGAGGUCCACACCAGGAACAUGUCAGGACGAACCACUGUGGUUCUUCAAGGUGUAGGUUUUGCUGCACUCCAUAUAACAAUAUUGGUGUUGUGCUCUGUUGCACUGUUAGUUGCAGUGGGAUUUUGUGGACCUGUUUGUAUCCUGCUAAGAAAGAAAGUUGCUAGCAAAGAGGGCAUGAAAAGGCACAUUUUUCUGAUCCUCUGUCCAAACAUCUGCAUGUUUUUGAGUUUCUGCUUGUGGUCAUCAGAAGGGUUUCUUGCUGAGAUCAUGACUUGUUCAACUGUCAGUAUCAUGAGGCCUGUCAUAUUGUUAAAAACUACUUCUUAUCUCUGCACAUUACCACAGUGCUUACAAAAAACAGUGAAGGCUUUGGCUGUUCCACUUUACCAUUCAGCUAUUUCAGUGACUGGAUUUUCAAUUGUAAUUGAAACUUUUAUCGGACAUCCUGUAACAAUAAUAAUGGCAAUUGUAGGAGUGGUGGCUGUCAUCAGUUCAGCAAUAUUAGCUAUCUACAGUUUCCAAAUAUAUCUGACUGUGUGCCUAGAAAUAUUGAAUAUUGCAAUGCUUGGAUUUGUUCUCAGCAACACUUGGUCAGACUUUAAUUACAACUUUGAGAUCAUUUCUGUUAUAACACCUCCAAUCAUGGGGAUGAUGGUGGCCCUUGUUCUACAAAGGCACUUUUUUCAAGGGAAACCUUUUGGACGUGUACAUCUUGCUCUAUCAUCUGUUAUUGUGAUGAUUUCUAGCAUCGGUAUAAUAUGCUUGUACAUUCUUCUUGCUAUUUUGAUACAUGAUUAUGCCAGGGGAUGGAUGCUUUUGUUAGAGGGUAUAAUGUAUAUAGUUAUAUGGUUAGGAGUAAUUUAUCUAUUGCGUCGUCAACGAGGACGGAAUCAAGGAUUCAGCUCUCAAUGGAGAAAAAUAGGAUAUUUAUGCUGCACUGUCAUCGUCCCAUUUUUAAUCGUUGCUGUUGGUGCAAUCAUCUUCCAUUAUCUAAAACUUCUCCUGGAUAGAAAAGAUCUUAAUGGAUAUUUGGCUCUGAUCCCAUUGAUCCAUGUUCUGACAGCAACUUGUUUGUUCAAACAUCCUAAAUAUUUACCUGAUUUCCUUCACAUGAUGAUCUACAUGUUCGGAGCUGUAGUUCUCAGUACUGUCAGUGCCAUCGCUCUCGCCACAGAACUGAUCCUGAAAGCAGGGAAAGGAGCACGAUCUAUAGGAGAUCUCCGUGUGAUUGUUUUACCACUUGAAACUGUGUUUUGUUCUGCGUGGCUCAUGUUACAAAUCUACGAUUCCUGGAUGAAAUACAAAGAAAGUCAUUUUAAAGAAGAAAGCAGAGCAGAACCUGAGAUCGUUCAGGCGAUGGAGGAGAUGAACCCUAAUCCUGAAUGACCUGAGCUCCCAGAAAUAUUUUUGCUCAUAUUUUUUAAGAAAACAUUGUAUCUUAGAAGAGCUACAUUCAGUAAACAGAUUUAUGGAAUUCAGAACUAAAAAACAAAACAAAGCAGACUUAAUGUGUCUAUAUGGGUAACUGUUUGGUUGUUUGUUUUAAUGUGAAUUGGGUUGGGGUUGUUUUUGUUGGUUGUUUUUUUUAACUCUUGGUAUUAUUUUACUUCUGUUUGAAUUCUUUGAUAUCACAUUCAUUUUAACCAAAUAAUAUCAUUAUAUUACUGACUAUUAUAUUUCUGGUCUCAUCUUAAAUUUGAAUUUUUUUGUAAGGCUUUUUAAAGCUUUUACCAUAUUCAUGAUUCAUGCAUAACAUUUCAUUCACUUUACAUGUUACAGUAAAACAUUAAAUUAGGUUUUGAAUAAUCCAGAACUUUGAACUAGUUCAUUCUUAGAUGUGGGAGUGUUUACAAAAAUGUAGCCUUAUCUACUUUGAAUGAUUAUUCAUUUAAUUUAAAGUCAACCAAAAGAAAUCAUGAGACAUUUCUAUAUGUUUUUAUAUGUAAAUGGUUUGGUGUUAAUCCAGGUCUCCAUGUCCAUGGACCCUCGGGUCCGGUUGAGGCCUAGCUGGGAGGCUCGAGAGAGAAAGAAAUAGAGACAGAGAAAGAGGGAUGGAGGAGGGAGAGAGAAAGAGAGACAGAGAAGGGGGAGAGAGAGAGAUACACAGAUCCCCCAAGCGAACUGAACUGGGACUCGUUUGGUAAGAAACAUGCCAUUGCAUGUUUGUACUGUAGGCAUCACACGUUUUUUAAUCCCUGCACACCUUCAGCUUAUCCAUUCUACAGCAGUGACAUUUAUACACGCGUCCGAAUCUCUCUUUGCGUGGGCCGAAAAUAAACCUCUUUAGCAUCAGAAAACCUAAUGAGAAAAGAGCUCAAGUCUGUUCAUUUCUCUCUCCGAUGAUACUUGUACUGUAGAGUUAACACUUCCUUUUUAUCAUUCAGGGAUCACUAGGAGUAUUUGUAGAUUUUAUUAGAGGAAAUCUGAAAAUAGACAUUUCACAAGUUCAACACGUGUUGAUUUCUUCCUCAGGGAAUGAUAUGGGAAGAGAGAAAUUAUGGAAUUUAAAAAAAGCAUUACAGCAUUAUAUCAUGUGAGUCGUUUUAAGUCAUAGCAGGUGUAAACUCUAUUAGGGAGAAGAGCAAAUUCACAACGAGCUUCUGAAAACAAGGGGUGUGUAAAUAUAGUAUGGAUUCUGUGUGUGUUUGAGUCUCUAUGUAUCAUUUAUAGUAUAGAGUCUAUGAGGCAGUAAUGAGGAUUAGUAUAUUCUGGUGAUGAAGAUCUCUCCUGGUGUGGGGAUUGGAAUUGCCAGGUCAUCUCCUCAAAGGGAAAGUUGGACUCCAGAAAUGGAUAUAUUCACAUGAGAUCUACAACUUCUUAUAUCAGACUUUAUAACAAUAUCAUGUGGUGCCUGGAUCUCAGCUAUUCUGUCAGGACAACGACGAUUCCCAUUUCACACUGCCGGCAGGUAAGACCGUUCUGCACCCACCACUGCUGCUGCUGCCCAUGGGAUAGUGCUGAGGAGGAGGUCUUUAAAUAAAUGAUUUCCUCAUGGGAGACCAGCAUCUGUUCAUGCACGGAGUUUACAAUUAACGUGCGAGAAGAAGGUGGAAGACGUGGCAGCAGAUUGCAGUUCGGAGUUCACUCAGCAAAGUUACAGCUUUAGUUCAAAUAUUGGCACAGUCUAAUUUUAGGUUUUGUACUGCCAUGGGUUUAACAAAAGCACAGAAAGGCAACAAUAUAAAAUCACACUCCGAAACACUGAGGUUGGUUCAAACAUACAGUAGGUAAAUAAAUCACUUCCACUUAUCAAGUUAAAUAAUCCACGCCCACUUACCAGUUAAUAAACCACUCCCACUUAUUAAGGUUAAUAAACCACGCCCAAUUAUCAAGUUUAAUAAACCACUCCCAACAACUGCCUGUAUCUCUGCCAAUGUGUCUCACUGUCCGUGUGUCUCACUGUCUGUGUGUCUGAUGUCAGUGUCUCUCUCUGCCCAUGUGUUUCACUGUAAGUGUGUCUCACUGUCUGCCUUUUUUUUCUUACAUGACUGCAUGAGUCUGUAGGACACAAUUCUAGUUUCUGUUUUUUUACCAGCAGGUGGCAUUAGUUGCCUUCCAGGCAUGUUUGUAGGAAACAAAGUUUGUAGAUUGAAAGUCCUUCCUGAAUGCAAGGCUAUAAAGUGUCACGCAUUGAGAGUGACAGUCACGCAUUUCUGUCUUUUGUCACGCUCUUCCACCACACAUUGUAUUUCUCACACAGACAUACAUACUAUUUACUGCAAAGCUGUCUCUAUGGAACCAGGCAGGAAUCAAGUGCGUCUCCGCUGGAGCUCUUAGUUGAGCUGCCACUUAUCAGCAAAUCAAAAAAAAAAAAGAAGCUACACAAUAGCCAAUCAGAAAAUAGUACUAUUGUAUCAGAUUUAACGCAACAACCAAUGAUAAAAAGCCGAUC